UCCAACUUCUUAACGAACUUCUAGGUUUUAUAAGAUGCAUACAUUAAUACUUUGCCUUGGAAUAUGCUCAGCUUUUGCUUUAGGCCUUAAGCUGCCUAACCCUGAUGAAAAGAGUGAAAAAAUCGUUGGCUGUUACACUACGGGAGGCGAUUUAGCAGAACUCGACCUUCUUUGCACUCAUAUGUUUUACAGUUACGUUGGAAUUGAUAAAGACGCUUCCAUUCAAAUUAUUGAUCCAUAUGAAGAUAUAGAAGGUCAAGGAUAUAUAGAAUUCAAUGAUCUUCGGAAAAAGAAUCCAAAGUUAAAAACCUUAAUUUCCAUCAGGAAUAAUGACAAUCAUUUAUUACCGAAUAUUACUAACAUUGAUUCACCGUAUAGAGUUGUCACUGAUCCGGCUCUGCAAGAAAAACUUGUAAAUAACAUUGUCAACUUCGUAAAAAAAUACGGAUUCAGCGGAAUAGAUCUCGAUUUGACGGAUACUUCUGAAUUUGGUGGACAUCCUUCUGAUAAGGGAAAUUUAGUUUCAUCCUUAAAAGCACUCAGAGAAAAAUUCGAUAAAGAAGGACUCAUUUUAUCUGUAUUGGUUGAUCCUAAUGAAGAGACUGCUAAGAGAUUUUAUGAUAUUAAAGGAAUAUCCAAAUAUGUGAACUUCAUAAAUCUAAGGACUUUCGAUUUUCACGGAAUCUCUGAUGCGGAGAAGAAAGUUGGCCAUACUUCUCCAAUGUAUUCUUCAUCAAAGGAAAAUGCGGAGGACCGCAAGAAAAACAUUGAUUAUGUUGUGAAAUACUGGAUUUCGCAAUCAGCUCCACCAAAUAAGUUGAUACUAGGAACUGCUUCUUACGGAACAAGCUAUACCUUGGCUAACUCAAAGCAAAUCGGUAGAGGUGCACUAUUUUCCGAUGUAGGUUCAUACGCUACUUCAAUAGAAGGUACUCUAGAAUAUUUUAACGUAUGUCUUUUGUUAAAAAAACCAGAAUGGAAGCAUCUCUAUGAUGAAGAACAGCAAGUACCGUACAUCUACUAUGAGAAUCAAAUUGUUGCCUAUGAGAGUGUUGAAUCCAUUAAAACGAAGGUUAUAUAUGCUGAGGAAAUGAAACUUGGCGGUGUUUGGAUUUAUUCUGUACAUCAAGAUGACUUUGGUGGAGUAUGUGGCGAAAAGUACCCACUUCUGAAGACAGUGAACCGAGUUCUCGAAAAAAAGUUGUAAAUUCUGGUGUAAGUCACAGUCGGUGAAAUAAAUCAUUUAUUAUAUCUCUAA